GUUUAUUCGCGCAGUCGCUUAUCAAGCGUUGUGAGAUGCGUAGGCGCAUUUAAAUAUAAUUGUAUUUCAUCGUUUGACAGAUUAUACCGAUGGAAGAGCUAUGGCGGCGUUUCAGAAAACCCCGUGAGAUUGACAAAAGUACAUACUCAUUGGUAUCAUGCGGUGAGCUGACGCAAGACACGCUACAAGUGUGGAAUGGAUUGCCCGAAGAAAUUAAGAAGGAUCCGUCUCUAGAACAGAUCAGACAGAAGUAUGAGGAACUCGGUAAUGGUGAUAUAUUAAAAAAUCAAGAAAUCGAGAAAACCGCUAAAUUCACUACCAACUCCGAUCCCAUAUUGGACGUUAGCAAAGAGCCCGCACAGGAAGAGUUCCACCACGAAGACCAUGAGAACGAUGUCCAUAUAUCUCCAGAAGACAGAAGGAAGCAAGCACAGAAAAACAGGAGGAAACACUAUAUAAAAAUGUCCUUACUGCUCGGCUGUUGGGUUUUCUUCACCGCUGUGUUUUUAACGCACGAUGAAAAGCACGAGAAAUUCCUAACAACCGCCGUUAUACCUGGCGAAAUUAAUAAUUAUACAAUCAACAUGACAGACACAGAUGCCGUAUUAAUUAAAUUGACAGGUCCGUUUACAUCGGAGCAAGCGGAAAUAAAAAUGAAUUCUACUGUCUAUGAUAAGGCUGAUAAAUUAAUAGCUUGGCUUGAAAAUGAGCAUGAAAUCACACCACAAUGGAAAAUAAUACUACAUCACGAUAAAUCGAAUUACAAUAGAGAAACAAGAAUGCAUAUAUUUCGUGUAAAUACUACAAUACCGACUUCUUACUUACGUUUGAAUACAACGACAUCUAGCGUCGUAGCCUUCACAAUGAGUUUCACUUUACGCCCGCUAGAUGUCAGCACUGGCGUGGUGUAUGCGCUUCUGUUGCUGUGUGGAUUGUAUGUGCUUAUAAUUUUUGAGAUAAUUAACAGAACGAUGGCAGCUCUGCUAAUAUCAACUACAUCGCUCGCGGCGUUAUCCCUAGUGGGGGAAAGACCCACAUUGCCAGAUAUAAUAUCGUGGCUUGACGUGGAGACACUUCUCCUACUGUUCAGUAUGAUGAUACUAGUGGCUAUUAUGGCGGAAACUGGGGUUUUUGACUACUUGGCUGUUUUCGCUUUUGAGAUAACAAAAGGGAAAUUGUGGCCACUUAUCUAUUUAUUAUGUAUUAUAACUGCAGUAAUGUCAACGUUUUUGGAUAAUGUUACCACCGUGCUAUUAAUGUCGCCAGUUACUAUAAGGUAAAUGUUAUAUUUUAUUUACGGAGAGGCAAAUGCUGAGAAGUCCACCUUAUCAC